GUGCGCGCUGAGCGCGUUUGUGCGUAUGCAGUGCUGAAGAUGGCGUAAGGCGGGUUGUGGUGCGCUGUUCGAUAGGAUUGUCUUGUUUCAAGCUCGUCGUGGUCGACGGUGCGUCAGGAUAAUCGUCUCGGAUGCGUGUCAAUCUUCACCUACAGUAACACGCCGGAACGCUUCUUGAAACAUCAUGAGCAUGAGUGUCGACGCGUACGGACCGAGCUCGCAGACGCUUACAUUCCUCGACACGGAGGAAGCCAGCGACUUGCUGGGAGCCGACACGCAGGGAUCAGAGUUUGAUUUCACCGACUUUACGCUUCCUUCCCAAACUCAAGCAUCGCAGGCAGAUGGCGGGCAGACACAAGGAAGCCGUGGUGGCCAGCUUCCUGGGGAGGUGCGCAGCAACGGCUUGGAGGUGGCUGCAGCUGGACAGGCCCUGGGGGAGCUCACAUUUGAGGAGGAUGAAGAAGACCAGUACUAUGCCAAGGAUCUGCCUGAGCAUGCCUGCAAGUACUGUGGCAUUCAUGAUCCCGGGUGCGUUGUUCAGUGCAAUGUGUGCAAGCGCUGGUUCUGCAAUGGCCGAGGCAACACGUCAGGCAGCCACAUGGUGAACCACCUGGUGCGAGCCAAGCACAAGGAGGUGACCCUACACAGAGAUGGUCCACUUGGCGAGACAGUGCUCGAGUGCUAUUCAUGCGCCUGCCGCAACGUCUUCGUCCUCGGCUUCAUUCCGGCUAAGGCGGACUCGGUGGUCGUGCUGCUUUGUCGGCACCCGUGUGCUGCCCAGUCCUCCCUCAAGGACAUGAACUGGGACCCGGACCAGUGGAAGCCACUCAUUCAUGACCGCUGCUUCUUGCCAUGGCUGGUGCGUGCACCUCUUGAGAGAGACCAACUGCGUGCCCGCCAGGUGACUGCCCAGCAGAUCUCGAGGCUCGAAGAGCUCUGGAAGGACAAUGUGGACGCUAGCUUUCAGGAUCUGGAGAAGCCUGGUGUGGAUGAGGAACCCCAGCAAGUGCUGCUGAGGUAUGAGGAUGGCUACCAGUACCAAAACAUCUUUGGCCCCUUGGUUAAAAUGGAAGCAGACUAUGACAAGAAGCUCAAGGAGUCACAGACACAGGACAACAUAGAGGUCCGCUGGGACAUUGGCCUGAACAAAAAAAUGAUUGCCUACUUCACAGUGGCUAAGUCUGAUACAGAUAUGCGGCUGAUGCAUGGUGAUGAGCUACGGCUGCGUUACCUUGGGGAACUGCACAAGCCGUGGUCUGGUGUAGGCCAUGUCAUCAAGAUACCUGACAACUACAGUGAGGAAGUAGGUAUUGAGAUGAAGACCAACUUGGGCGUCCCAUCAGAGUGCACCUCUAACUUUGUUGUUGACUUUGUGUGGAAGUCCACAUCCUUUGACAGGAUGCAGGCUGCACUCCGCAAGUUUGCUGUUGAUGAGUGCUCGGUGUCGGCGUACAUCUACCACCGACUGCUAGGCCACGAGGUGGAAGAGGUGGUGAUGCGAUGCCCACUGCCCAAGCACUUCUCGGCACCCCAGUUGCCCGAGCUGAACCGCUCUCAGGUUUAUGCAGUGAAGCACGCACUGCAGCGGCCGCUGUCGCUCAUCCAGGGCCCGCCCGGUACGGGCAAGACUGUAACGUCGGCCACUGUUGUGUACCACCUGGCCAAACAGAGCACUGGGCCUGUCCUGGUAUGUGCACCCAGCAACAUCGCCGUGGACCAGCUGACGGAGAAAGUGCACCAGACAGGCCUGCGGGUGGUGCGCUUGUGUGCCAAGAGUAGAGAGGCCCUGAACUCGCCCGUCUCCUUCCUGGCGCUGCACAACCAGAUCCGCAGCAUGGACGGCCACUCUGAGCUGCACAAGUUGCAGCAGCUCAAGGACGAGACGGGCGAGCUGUCGUCAGCCGACGAGAAACGGUACCGCAUGCUCAAGAAGGCCUGUGAGCGUGAGCUCCUAGAGGCCGCAGAUGUCAUCUGCUGUACGUGUGUUGGGGCAGGAGACCCUCGGCUUGCGCGCUUCAAGUUCCACUCCAUCCUCAUUGACGAGAGCAUGCAGGCCACCGAGCCAGAAUGCAUGGUGCCUGUUGUGCUUGGGGCCAAACAGCUGAUCCUGGUGGGUGACCACUGCCAGCUAGGCCCCGUGGUGAUGUGCAAGAAGGCAGCACGGGCGGGGCUGUCGCAGUCGCUGUUUGAGCGGCUUGUGGUGCUGGGUAUCCGGCCCUUGCGCCUGGAAGUGCAGUACCGCAUGCACCCUCAGCUGGCCCAGUUCCCAUCCAACUUCUUCUACGAAGGCUCCCUGCAGAACGGCGUGUUUGCCGACGAGCGCCGCAUGCGCGGUUUGGACUUCCCCUGGCCACAGCCAGAGAGGCCGAUGCUCUUCUAUGCCUGUCAGGGCCAGGAGGAGAUGGCGGGCAGUGGCACCUCCUACCUGAACCGCACCGAGGCCGCACUCGUGGAGAAGAUCUGCACACGCUUCCUGCGCAGUGGCGUCAAGCCGCAGCAGGUUGGCGUCAUCACGCCUUACGAGGGCCAGCGGGCCUAUUUGGUGCAGCAUAUGCAGUUCCAGGGGGCCCUGCAUGCCAAGCUUUACCAGGAAAUUGAGGUGGCCAGCGUGGACGCCUUCCAA